CCACGAGAUACACAACUGUAUAUGCAAUGUAGAAUGAUUUUCUUCCGAAAAUGCAUUUAACGAAUAUUUAUGACGUUCGGUGUUUAUCGAAUCGACCGAGAAACGUGUGAGGAACCGCGGAACGAUCUCUCGAUGGUCCCAGAAGUCGCGCGAAGGACUUUGCUCUCUACUUGGGUGUACAUAAUCGCGCCCGGGUAUAUUUGCCGUUGUUACAUUUAUAGAUCAAGGAUAAGAAAUCGAGAGCUAUCGCGCGAUCCGUCGUCGUGUCGCGCAUGGAUGCGCGAUGCGGAGAAACACGAGAUCGUGCUAUCGCGUUUACAAAAGCGCUCCGGCGCAAAGGUCGCCGAUUGCUCAUCAUCGCAUGUGAGAAGAAUAGAACUACUUAUGCGCUGUAUUGAAAUUCAUAAAACUUUGUACAAAGUAUCCUUAGAAAAGCAUAUCACGAAUGCGUAAUCAGAGCACAAUACGAAGCCUCAAUAUUGAUCAAGAUUUUUCUAUUCAGUUCUAUAUAAAUAUUUCAUGUAUUUUGGCUCCAUUUAAAAAUAUGUAUUUAAAAUAUGUGGAUUAAUGUGAAUAAGUGUGCGAAGAUAAAAGGUAGAAAUCAUAUAGGCAACGCGCGUAACAAUUAAAGCUCUGAAAAUAUCGAAAAUCGAAAAACAUCUGCAAUCACGUCGAAAUGUCACUCCGCAGUGUUUGCGCGCGAGUUGCACGGCGACGACGCCAUAAAUUCGAUCUAAAACGCGCGCGUUGGAACGCGCAGGACGACGCAACGCCAGAUUACGUCUGUCCCCGCCGUCAGCACUUGCUUACGUAACGAGCGCGCUCAUCCGUCGUGUGCGCCGCGUUGCAACGCUCAUCGCGGUUCCGAGGGACUUGGAAGGCGAAGGGUCCCGGAAGCAUCCGCCCGAUCGGUCGGCCCGAACUUUCCGCGGGGAACGAAACAAAACGAUGGCGCCCGAACGAGGCGCCCGCGAUGCAUUCGGUUCGUUCCACCACUGCUGAACAGAGGACGUGAGUGGAAGUGCGACGGACAGAGAAAUUGCGCGCAAGAGGGAAAGAGCGAGAAGUGAAAGACAGAGUUGAGUAGCAAUAGGUCUCGCGCAGGCUAGACGGAGACACGGGGAGCCUAGAGAGGUGUACGCGAGGGCACACCAAGUCGCGGAGUAUCAACCAGCUGGUUGGCAAGGGAGCCGCGAGCAGUCGCCAGUGAGACGCGGCACCCCGCGAGCGCGUGUGUCACUUGUUCGCUCGCUCGCUUGCUCGCUCGUCCGCCCGCUCGUUCGUUCGUUCGUUCGACCGUCCGUCCGUACGUGCGCGCGUACGUCCGUGGCGCGGGUUUCCUCUACGUGUCCCCCUCUCAUCAUCGUCAAGCAGCAAUCUCCGUUGUCGCAGCCGCGCGUCCGCACGUCCGUUCGUUCGUCCGAGAGCGGUACAUUCGGUGUCUAUCUGUUCGCGCCUGGCACCUCAUUCUCGAACACGACACUUGCCCCCGCGACAAGCAUCGUCUGCUGCCUCCUCCACUACGUCUCUCAUCAACCUUUCGUUCAUCUCGUUCGCGCGCGCUUGUUCGCUCCGUUUUACUCUUUCUCUCUCUGCCUUCCUGGCCUUCCCCUUCUCCAACCAGGAGGAGAGUGUGGUGUCGCGUAACGUGUGUACAUCUCUCCCGCGUCUGUGUGUGUGUGUGCUGUCUGUUCUCUGUGGCUGUGUGUGUACGUACGCGCAACGAGCGAAACCAAGAUGGCCGCCGACUCAGGAAUGGAGACGUGUCCCUCCCCGGAGAUUGCGGACUCCAGAAAGCGGCCGCUCGACUGCGAUGCGGAAAACGGCGCGACCAAGAGAUCACACUACGGAUCAGGAGGAGAUGGAACCUAUCACCUCAAAGUAUUGGUCCCCGGCGUUGCGGCCGGGGCUAUUAUUGGAAAAGGUGGAGACACAAUUGCUCAACUUCAAAAGGAUACAGGGGCAAGGGUGAAGAUGUCUAAAUCACAUGACUUUUAUCCGGGGACGACCGAGAGAGUAUGCCUGAUUACAGGCACUAUAGAUGCUAUAAUGGAAGUUAUGGAAUUUAUCAUGGAUAAAAUACGCGAGAAACCUGAUCUUACCGCGAAAACUACAGUUGACUUCGACUCUGGUAAAGCUACUGCCGACAGAGACAAGCAGGUGAAACUUUUAGUGCCUAAUAGCACUGCGGGGAUGAUAAUAGGAAAGGCGGGGAACUACAUUAAGCAAAUUAAAGAAGAAUCCGGCUCGUACGUCCAAAUUAGUCAGAAAGCUAAAGAUCUGUCCCUUCAAGAGCGAUGUAUAACGGUGAUCGGUGAGAAAGAAAAUAACACAAGGGCGUUGCACAUGAUCUUAGCCAAAGUGGUAGAUGAUCCACAAAGUGGAACCUGCCUUAAUGUCAGUUAUGCGGAUGUAAGUGGUCCCGUUGCCAACUACAAUCCUACAGGCAGCCCAUACGCCCAAGCGCCCACAACUACUCCAACGUACACGUCUACAGCUGGUCUAAAUACAGUGAGCCUCUUGAACGGCGCUGGUUUAAGUCUUAACUUGAAUCUGGGCGCGGCCAUUACAGCAGGCACGGCGCCGGUGACGACGCAAUUGUUAGAACACAUAAAGCUGAAUCUACGUACGACAGGUUUCUCCGAGCCCGCCGCUACGGAGAUACUCGCCGCGAUUGCGACUCUCGCCAAGUACAACAUUCUCGGGAUGGGCAUCGGGAUGCCGUCGAGUAUGAGCUACCUGGGCAAUCCGAUGGACAGUACGACGACCGCGAAUGGCUCGAACAACAACGGCGGUGUGUUCGGACCGAUCGGGACCGUGCCUACGCUCGGAUCGACCUCGCCGACACCGCGCAACACCCUCGAUCGGUACGAGCCGUUCGAUCCGUUUCGACAGAACAACACCGCCGCCAGUGCGAUACACCUGAACAACAAUUCGUUCGGCCUGGGCACUAACCAGUUAUCACUUGUAAAGUAAAGCUUGUGCAACGGCAUGCAAAAAGUUCAGCCAGGGCAAGGAGAGAUCGAGGCGAGGAAAAAAGGGAGCUUCGUCAGCGCACACUAAAGUAUCGGUUAAGCAUUGUUAGCGGCAGUGUUUCGCGCGCGAUGAUGCCCUUAUUGUUUUUAUCACGAUGACGACACAAGAGAUCAGGACGAAGCCGAUUCCCUUCCUAACUAAAUGCGUAAACGUAUGGAAGACGAAUCUCCUUGCAAUAUUCCGGUAAGAAGAAUCAAACAGAACAUAAGAAAACGAAAGUUUACAUAUAGAAGCCAUAAGCGUGAUCAGCCAGUCUAACAUAAGUAUUCUCCUUAGUGUACGUUGGUUUCAAAGUAAACCUGUUACAUUUUAAUAACCGUAUCGAUACUAGAAAGUGUCGGUAUUCGGAUAGCUUAUUGUUGAAAGCGUUACUUUAAUCGUGGUUCUUUUCUUCGGAAGUCGCAUCGACGCUGAUAGCUCAUUAUAAUGAAAAAGAGUAAAACGUGAACGAGAAAAACGGCAGAAUGCUAGAUAUAGAUAUAUUUUUGAAGGAUCUCGAUUAAAGAAAAAUUUAAUAGAGAAAAUGCUCUGGUGUGCAUUUCUGAAAAUUAAUGGUCGACUAUUAACGAGCCUGCUUUCUAACGAUGCGCUAUUAAUGAGCCCGCUGCUUUCCAAUAGUUAUGCCUGCUUUUGAAAGCUCGAUACUUUUCAAGGUAUCACGAAAAUGAGCAAAACGCAAUUGUAACCCAUUAUUAAAGUAACGCUUUUAGCUGAACCUUUCGAUGUCACUUGACAGAUGUACGUGGACAUGCGUUAGUGUACUAGUAUAUGUAUAUAUGUACCUUUGACAUAUUACGUAGUACCGAAGUAUCUAACAUCUAACGCGAGUGCACAGUUCCACGUGUAAGCUCGAGCCGCGUAAAGCCGGGUCCCCGCAUGCGAUCGAUAUUAAAGCAAAUGUAAUUUUGUCACGAAUAUUAGGUCGGCAAAUGACACAUGCCGCAAUAUAUUGAAUGUAUAUUAAUAGUAGAGUGUUAUUGGUGACAAAGUUAUUAUUACAUGUAGCGAUAUUGAUUCGCGCACAGGGACCGUUUAAUCCUUUCUGAGUCGACGAUUCCGAUGGAGCUCGCACAUGAACAAAUGCUCAAACAUCUUCAAUUUCUCUUUUUAGAAUGUUCACGCAAUCAAUUGAUUCUGAAAAAAACAAACGAACAAUGUUUCUCGGCUAUUUUUGCUACAUCUCAGACAAAUCGGCAUGCGCAUAAAAUGGGAUCGUACGAGCGGAAAGGACUAAACAUUCUGCAUGUGUCGUUGACGAUUUUCCGGGACAAAAGGACGAUGCAGUCGGCGACUGCACGAGGUGGCAAAGCAGUAUUGGUCGGCCAGUCAAUGUUACCUACGAGUUGUUUAAUGAGAGGACACUAUUACAAUGUUACAAUAGACCGGCAGUCGUCGCCCUUGUUAGGAGAGUCUUUUAUUUUUUCAUACAACGCUUUGUUUUGUACAGUUUAAGAUAUAUUUCUUCGUUCGCUCGCUAAGCGCGAAGACCGCGGCGCGGCGCGUGCACGCGCGUUACGCGGCGCGUCGCCAGUCGAUAGUCGUACCACAGGACAGUUAGGGCAUAGAUGUGUAGCUAGUUUCUUAAAUCUCUUUACGAAAUUACGUCAGUACAGAUUUGAAACACUUUAAACAAUAAAUGAUCGAUCCUAUCCGAGACAAAAAAAAAUCUAGAAAAAAGAUAUAUAAUUACGUAUCUGUAUACGUGUGCGCUCAUAUACACACGCGUGUGUAUGGGGAUACACGCGGAAGAUAAUUUAAGGGAGAGGUUGAAUUAUAAACCAACGUGGAGGUGUAGCGUGUAGUGAUCAGGGAAACUGUAGGAAUUGCAUUGACUCGCCUCAAUUCUAAUUAUGACUAUUGUUACAGUAACUAUUAACUGAAUUUUGACACUCGUCGCCGCGCGGAGGGUGACUCGCGUGUCACGUUACUUGGCUGUGUGUGCUAGGCUACAUCGUAAAGAAAUCAUGUUCCAUCGAAUUUCAUCGCUCCAUCCGCAUUAAGCGCCAUUAAACUGAUGUGAAAAAAAAUAUAUAAAAAAAAAAGAGAGAAAACAGAAUAUAGAAAUGAGGGAAAACGCAAAAAAGAGGCAGAGAGCAUUAAGAACCGCGUUUUACGUCAGGGGCAAAAAAAUAUCUGCAUGUCACCCGCACUCUCCACAUCCUUUAGUGCCAUAUCGAACCCUUCCCCUCCCCCUCAGCCCCAUCCCGCUCCAUCAGACAUCACACUUGUUAACGUUUGACAGUAGAACGUGUUGUUAAAGAUAUGUAUAUCCUGCGCGACCCACGCAGAUCGUUUUCAAAUAAAAUCGGACUAUACAUUUAUUUCACAUUAAUAUGCUAAAAAAAAUAUAUAUCGUUAUGAAAUAUAUUACGAGAUCUUUAUAUACCUACUUAGUUUGCAGUAUAUAAAAAGAAAUAAAGUCUCUCUUGUGGAGCAGCCAAAAAAUACAGUGAGAACGAUUUAAGCGAGAAUGAAAGCCGAUGGCUUUGCUAUAGUAAACGCUGAUUGCUGCAAAUUAAGAGGGAUGUUGUUUAACUUACUUUGAUUUCUCAAUGUUGUCGCGUUACACGUUCGCGUUUCCUAGUUUUACACGCAUGUAUCUUGUUCCAGCUUGUCCUACGUGAUCAGUAAUAAUGAUAAUUCAAUCCAGAAAUGCAACAAUUUCUGAACUGAUAUUCGUGCACUUGGCAAUUUGGCAAUUUAAAAUCAAAAUUAAUCGACUGCUAUCGCUAAGGAAAGGAGGGAGAAAAUCGAUUUCAAACUCGAUUUUUUAUCGAAGUGGGUAAAUUUUAUAAUAUUACUGAAGAUUGCUGAAGUUGUUACGAAAAGUAUUUCCCAAGUUAUGGAUUGAGGGCCUAUACUGAUAUCGUCAGAUGACAAUUUAAAGAAAAUACAACUGUAUACAAAAGCCAGCUGUUCGCAAUAUAUGUCAGAGUUAAUUAUUGCUUCAGAAAGAAUGUUGCAUUUGUCUCUAAGAGUUUUGCUUCUCUACUUGUUAGUUUACUGCCACUUUUUUGCAAUUGUUCGCUAUAAUCAAAUAUCUAAGAUAAUAGAGCGGAAAUUUACCGAUAGCCAAGGAAAUCAAUGUAAAACGUAAUAUAUAUUAAGACAUGUUACACUAAGAUAUCGCUAUAGAAAACGUCACAAAAAAAAAAUAAGAAAAGAGGAAUUUAUUUAUUGCAUCGUAUCGCAAUAUGUAUUGCAAUAUGUAUAUAUCGCAAUAUGUAUUGAUUGACAAUAGCAAGAGAGACGAAAUUAUUGCAUAUAUGAAAAUAUAAAGAUUAUCGAAGAUAUACAGCACUACUCAGAGAUCACUCGAUUGAUAUUUCCCAUAUCAUGAUCUUCGUUUUUCCUAGUUCAGCGUCAUUGUCAUAAGUAGCGCGCGAAACCCAUCUCGUUCGAGAGGAAAAAAAAAAAAAGAAUAUAAUAGAAUAAAAAUAUGAAAAUUAUGUGUCGGAAUGUAACGAGGCGGCGUUACACGUCCGCGACAAUUAGAACGCUAUUCGUUACAAAGUAAUUAAGAGGGUUGUACAAAAAUUGUAUGUAAUGUUAUUUUAUCGGAAGUGAGAAUAUUAAUAGAGUUAGGCUGUUAAUAUGGUAUAUUAUUUUGGGUAAGCGUAAUGUAAAAAGAAGAAAAAAAAAAGAAGAAACACUCGGACGUGUGAGAUCGUUGUUGUUAAGGUAGAAGUAGCACAUAGCAGCUCGGGGAUUAAAAAGGAGAAUAAAGAAAAAAAACCAAUUAAAUAAAAUAAGGUAGCGAGAAAGGGAGGGAGAGAGAGAAAGGGAUAGAAGGGAGGAGGAAAACUAUUGAGUACCUUGUUGAGUAUAAGUAGUCGUAUCGCUAUAAGUCGCCAGUGCACGUGAGUGCGCGUGUGCUCUCAUCCCGCAUAUUCAUGACUUGUUUCACACAUGAUGUCAGACACAGAGACACACAUACACAUUUACACAAAUACAGAUCACAUAAUGUCAAAAUUGCAUGCCUAUACGCGAAAAGAAGAUCCUGCAGACAGACAGAGAGAGAAAGAGAGAGAGAGAGAGAGAGAGAACGCGCGUUUGCGCUUCACUUACGCGAUGAUGAGUUCUUUCGAGUGUCACAAUUACGGCGUACUCGGCGAAUUAUUAGAUUGAGAGAGAAUAGUGUUAUCUUCCAUAAUAUAAUAUAUAUACAUAUAUAUAUAUAUAUAUAUAUAAUAAAAGAUAUGAGAGCGAGAAAGAAAGAGAGAGCAGCUGGCUGCGAAGGUACCAUAGAGAGAUUUAUUUGUCUCGCACCGAUGAUGAAAAAAAAAUCACGAUCAAGUAUUGUACCUUACAUUCCUUCGGCUAUAAAGUAAUUUAAGGCACACGCAACACACCAUACAUACAUACAUACAUGCAUAUACACACAUAUACGCGGCAGUGCGUUUUUCUCAUCAUGCGUUUUACCGAGUUGAAAAGCGACUCACGACGCUACACACGAUUAGACGGAUAUAUAAAAAAAAAAAGGAAAGAAAAAUCCAUCGUUAUCGGUAUACAUUUUACGCUACAAUUGUGUACACGUCACACACGAAGGCGGUUCGGUUUUUCCUCUGUCGACACGACACGAGAACGACGGUGCAUUACGAGCAAUGGGCAAAAUUGCGUAUUUUUUAAUAUAUUCCGAGGUGUCUCCGCGCGCCUCCGCGCGAGAGACGCGGAGAGAGAAGAAAACAAAAAGAAAAAUAUAAAAGGUGAAAAGGGUAUUGCGAUUCAACUCCUUACUAGGCGGAAAGAGCUAAGAUUAUCGAUAUUUACGCUAAGUUAGUAGUAAAAGUAGUCGUAACUCUUCGGAAGGUUCGAACAUACAUUUUAGGCGAGUAAGGAUUCGUGAAAGCGUGACGAAAGAUUGUAAUCGGCUGCCGUUCGAAAUGAUAAUAUCGGAGCGAAGCGAGAGAACAUCCACGGUAUCGUUGAUCUUCAUUCUGGCGAGCUGUUUCGCAAAAUUAGGAGAAGCCGAUGACGGACAAGGUGUACGUUGAGACAUUUGGUGCGCUUUUCUGUUCAUUAUUAUAUAAUUUAAAUAAUAAUUCAAUAAUUCUCUAACGGCGUAUCGUAUAUCUUAAUGCUUAAAAACGUUAAAAAUGUGUUCAAUUUUUCAAAUAAGAAAAAUGUAAUGUUAAAAAAUCGCAAGUAUUGGCAUUGUAUGACAAUCUAACAUACAGAGGCGAUUUCACUGAAUCACCUUCGGGAAACGAAUGUCCUUCGCCGUCACGAAUUUCUCUCCUUUCUAUUCACGGUGAACAACACCGUAAAGUUUAUCGUAGAGGUGUCAAUUAUUAUUAACAUAAUCUUGACAACGAUUUCUUGGCACAAAAUUACAUCACACAGUCUUUGUCAAAAAGUUAUUCUACGUGAAAAAAAAAAAAAAAACUAUUGUGUAACGCUCAAGAGUUCGCAUUGAGUUGUGCAAGUUUCCAAAAUUGCGAAAUAGUGCUGUUUCUCGGUUGAAUAUCAAUGAUAAUGAUUUACGAUACCACGGAUGAGCACGUAAAAUAUCCUGAAAAGGAUAUUUACCGCUCACAGCAAAGAAACCAUGUGAUACGAGCAUGGUAAAAGAAAGCAAAAACGAGACGCAAUUUCUGUCAGUAAGUGGAUAAGUGCGCGACGUUCAAAGUACGCAUAUUCGUACGGCUCGUAAGGCUUACAGAAAAAUUCUCUAUUUAUUGAUCAACACGGAGCGAUGAUAAACGCGUUUUACUUUUGCACUUUCGCGCUCGUCGAUGAAGUUUAUUAAUGAUUACCCCCGACGUGACCACUUUGGGCACCACUAUUGUUAUCGAUGAAGUAUAAUUUAGUUCACAGCAUUUUUUCCGAAGGGCUAAUCUUAAUAUUAUUACUUUACACUCUAACCACAUUUAUUUGCAUCCAUAAAUUGUUAUUCUUUCAUCAUUCAAUUUAUUCCAUUCAAUGUUAAAUAAUUAUAUAAAAGUUAAAAAAAAAAACAAACAAACAAACAUAAUAUAUUAACUAUUUUCACUCAUUGAGAAGCAUCGUUACCUGUAUGACAAGUGACCAUAAUAAGAGCAUAAUAAACAAUCGCUCAUUAAAUGCA